CGUUUGCUUAAAAAAAAAAAAAAAAAAAAACGUAUCAUCAUAGAUAAAAAUAGACAGACAGACGAAGUAUUAUAAAUAAAUGAUAAUUCCGUUUGCUUAAAUUCAAAAUCCAUCGGUUUCAUUUCCUUUUGUCCAAAUCGCAGGUUUAAUUCACUGGUAUCUCUUCAUUAUUUGCUUCCAUGGCGGCUUCUUCGGAUUCUAUCAAUCCUCGAGAUGUUUGUGUCGUGGGUGUUGCACGCACACCAAUGGGUGGUUUUCUUGGUUCACUUUCAUCUCUUUCAGCUACAAAGCUCGGCUCUAUAGCUAUUCAGUCUGCUCUUAAAAGAGCAAAUGUUGAUCCAUCACUCGUGCAAGAGGUCUUCUUUGGCAAUGUUCUUAGUGCUAAUUUAGGACAAGCUCCUGCAAGGCAGGCUGCUUUAGGUGCGGGUAUUCCUAAUUCAGUGAAUUGCACCACAAUUAAUAAAGUUUGUUCUUCGGGGAUGAAAGCAACUAUGAUUGCUGCACUAAGUAUCCAAGCGGGUAUUAAUGAUAUUGUUGUGGUUGGUGGGAUGGAAAGCAUGUCCAAAGCACCUAAGUAUCUUGCAGAAGCAAGAAAGGGUUCUCGACUAGGACAUGAUACCAUCAUUGACGGCAUGCUCAAAGAUGGUCUGUGGGAUGUAUAUAAUGACUUUGGAAUGGGAGUUUGUGCAGAAAUUUGUGCUGACCAACAUAAAAUUACAAGAGAAGAGCAGGAUUCUUAUGCUGUACGGAGCUUUGAGCGUGGAAUUUCUGCACAAAAUGGUGGUUUUUUUUCGUGGGAAAUAGUUCCGGUUGAAGUUCCUGGGGGAAGAGGGAAACCUGCCACUAUCAUUAAUAAGGAUGAAGGUUUAGGAACGUUUGAUGCUGCAAAAUUGAGGAAGCUUAGACCAAGUUUCAAGGAGAAUGGUUCUGUUACAGCUGGAAAUGCGUCUAUCAUAAGUGAUGGUGCAGCUGCAUUAGUGCUGGUGAGUGGGGAAAAAGCCAUUAAGCUUGGUUUGCAAGUGAUUGCUAGGAUAAGAGGAUAUGCUGAUGCUGCCCAGGCCCCUGAGUUGUUUCCAACUGCACCAGCCCUUGCAAUACCAAAAGCUAUUUCAAAUGCUGGUUUGAAGACUUCCCAGAUUGAUUACUACGAAAUAAAUGAAGCAUUUUCUGUCGUGGCUCUUGCCAAUCAAAAGCUUCUUAAUCUUAAACCAGAAAAAGUAAAUGUUCAUGGUGGAGCAGUAUCUUUGGGACAUCCAUUAGGAUGCAGUGGGGCACGCAUCUUGGUCACAUUGUUAGGGGUGCUUAGACAUAAAAAUGGUAAGUAUGGGGUUGCUGCCAUCUGCAAUGGAGGAGGGGGGGCAUCUGCCCUUGUUCUUGAGCUCAUGUCAAAUCCGACGGUGCGACGGUCUUCGUUAUGAACAAAGUUGUUACUCUUACUCCUACAUCAACAGCAUAUACUUUUGUGCAAUUGUGAUUUACUUUUUGCAUGUUCCGUUACUUGAAUAAAGGAAGAUGUAUAAUAAUAUAUUAAUAAGCUCUGAUUUAUCUCUUAAGGUAAGCUUUUAUAAUUUUGUUUGGCGAUCUGGAUAAUGUCAGUAUUUAUUACCUGAUAUUGUGGAUAGCAGGCUGACUGAAAAGGAACGGUGUUAUAUGAAAAUAGCCAAUGCAAUGCAACUUGUCAGAAGGUUUGCUUGAA